AAAAUGUGGGCUGGGGAAAUAAAGAAAGAAGUUGCAACUUUGAUGGUUCAUACAUAUCCAUUAUGUAAGUACAGUGAUAUGCCAGAAGAUAUGAAGCAGGAAGCCAUAGAAACCUGUGUCACAGCUGUGGAAAAAUAUUCAGAGAAUUAUGAACAUGCAGCUCGCAUGAUCAAAGAUAAUCUGGAUAAAAAAUUUGGUCCGCCAUUCCAAGUAGUCAUCGGGGAAGCUUACGCAUGUGCAACAACAUAUCAAGAGAAAUCACUUUUAUAUAUGUUUAUUGGAGGUAACAUAGCAGUUCUUGUAUGGAAGACGGUUACAGGUUUUUCAUAAAUUUUACAUAUAAAAGAUAAAUUUGUAGUUUCAAAUAGUGUCAUGUAUACGAA